GAGUGAAGACAAAAAGCAGAGUCCAGUGAUUUGAGGAGCUCAGAAUAACCCCAAACGCUGGCUCUGCGAUUCUGAGGCGACACACGCGGCGUGCUAGAUCUGCUAGAGGCGACGAUGAGUUCGGCCAGGGAGAGCAGCGGCGCCGCCGGCAAUGGCGGCGGCCUGCAAUCCAUUCCAGCCGCCUCGCGGAAGAUUGUCCUGAGCUUGAAGGAGAUUGUUAACUGCACGGAGGCGGAGAUCUAUGCCGCCCUCAAGGAAUGCAAUAUGGACCCCGACGAAGCCGUCCAUCGUCUCCUCUCGCAAGAUCCUUUCCAUGAGGUGAAAAGUAAACGAGAAAAGAAAAAAGAGGGUAAAGACACUACUGAGGCUAGGUCUCGUGGGGCUAAUAAUAAUACUGGUAGAAGUGGCAAAACUGGUGCUGAUCGUUACCGAGGUGGUUCAACUCCUUAUUAUUCUUCUGAGUCUGUUACUUUGGUUGGAAAGACAGCAUAUAAGAAAGAAGAUGGAUCGGUGUCUUCGAUAUCUGCUACUUCAAGAAAUAACAGAAGCAGAGUAUCCACAGGACCCAGUAAUGGCACGACUGCGGAAAAUAAAGGGUUCUCGGAUGGUGCAGCUGAGGCUGCUCCAUCUGGAGUACAGCAAGCUUCUGGAUAUCAAUCUGCAUGGGCUGGUGCUCCUGGACAGGUUUCCAUGGCUGACAUUGUAAAGAUGGGCAGACCACAGAAUAAAACAUCACAUUCACAGAAUGCAUCCCACCACAAUGAUUUAAGAUUUCCGGCAGAGCAUUCAUCAAAAGAUUAUGAGUCAGGAACUAAUGAAGAGUGGCCUGCCAUGGAGAAGCCUACUGCUGCACAUGUGCAAUCGGAACCAUACUAUGCUGUGGACUCUGAGCAGCAUCUGGAGCCAUCUGGUAUACCUUCUGUCAGUGUCAAUCAACAUCUUGAGGCAGAAGUGGUUCAAGAAGAAGACGAAGAAGAUGAAUACACAGAAAAUUAUGGUGCUGAUGCAGCACAAUCUGAUUCUAUCACCAAUAGGAAGAUUUUGGAAGAUGAUUCAAGAGGUGCAUCUCUGUAUGAAAAUGAUUUGUAUGAAGACAUGGGUUCGUUUCAGCAUCACGCUCCUCAUGAUUUCCAUAAAGUUGAAGAUAUUGGGGUUUCAGUGUCAUCAGUCACCAGAGACUUGCAACAGCUUAAUGUGGAGAAGGAUGAUGGAGGAUUGCCUUCGGAAGAAUAUAUUACUCCUACUGUGGUGAUUCCCGAUCAUUUGCAAGUUCAAAAUGCUGGUUGUUUGAACUUGAGCUUUGGUAGUUUUGGAUCUGCCAGGGGUGCUGCAUAUUCUUCUGGCACUGUGAAAUCUUUGCCUGUAGAAACUAACUUGGAAGAGGAACGUAGCGAUCCUGAUAUUCCAUCUGUUGGGCAUAUUGACUCUAGAAGUAAUGAUUACUAUGUUGACGACUCAUUGCGAAAUGCUUCUGACAGUGGUUUGUUCCAUAGAAGCGGUGCUGGUUCAAGGGAUUAUGAUCCAUCUUCAGCUUCUCAACAAGAAGAGUUGAAGCCUGAAAAUGCUGAAGGGGCUCGUGGAAGUCAAUACACUUUCCCCCCUUCCAACUCUGGCUACACCUAUGAUGACGAUCAACAAUUAAAUGCUACUUUUAAUCAAACAAGUUCCCAUACGCAGAAUCUAGCUGCUUAUUCGGAUGUUAUGCAGUCAUACACAAAUGCACUACCAAGUAAUUUGACCCCUGCUAAUCAGCCCACCAGAGAAAGCGAUCUUCGCUACUCUCCUUUCCCUGUGAAUCAAUCCAUGACUGACAAAUUUGGCGGUUCAGCGAUUUCUAUGUCGGAGGCAUUAAAGACUGCUGGUUUCACAUUGUCACAGCCAGCUCCACAAACGCAGUCUGGGACGGGCAUCCCCACGGGACCCCCUCCUCCUCCUCAACAACUUGUUCAUCCGUAUACGCAGCCCAGUGUUCCGUUGGGACCAUACGCUAACAUGAUGGGCUACCAAUACUUGCCUCCGAGCUACACAUACCUGCCUUCUGCUUUUCAGCAAACAUUUGCAGGCAACAGCUCAUACCAUCAAUCUCUACUUUCUCAAUACAAAAACAAUGUUUCCGCCGCUAGUCCGCCACAGUCUGCUCCUGGAUACGGUGCUUUCGGAAAUACCACAAACGCCCCUGGAAAUUUCCCUACUGCUGCUCCAUCUGGAACGAAUAAUCUAAGCUAUGACGACGUCUUAAGAGAACAACAGUACAAGGACAACUUGCUCUCGCUCCAGCAGCAGAACGACAACUCAGCAAUGUGGCUUCACGGGCUCAAUUCUAGAACGAUGUCAGCUGUUCCCGCCAGCACGUACUACAAUUACCAGGGACAAAACCAGCAAUCUGGUGGAUUCAGACAAGCGCAGCAGCCACCGCCAUCACAGAGCUACGGGGCGCUGGGGUACCCUAACUUCUACCACUCGCAGAGCGGUGCAUCACACGAUCAGCCGCAGCAGCAGAAUCCGCGAGACGUGUCGUCGCUCCAAGCACAGCAGCAGCAGCAGCAGCCACAACUUUGGUAGAGCAACAGCUAAUUGUAUCACCUCCUGGUUUUUCAGGGGAAAUGUAAUCUGCGUGAAAAAAGAGGCUUUUUCAAGCCGUUUAAUGUAUGGGGAUUUUUAUGAUUUUUCAAGAAAAUGGAAUGGGAUUGAGCAGCCACGAAGUUGUGUUAUCAUGUUUGUUGUUGUUGAUGUAACGUAACGUAGGAACUCGAGUGCUAACUUUGUGUUAGUGAAGAUUUCUCUUUUUCUUUCACCA